UCGCUCAACUUCAAAAUACUUUUCUUUUUUGUCUUUCAACUUUUAACCAAAUGAUGUGCUUAACCUACUUAGAUGAAUCUCUGAUCCAUUGAAUGUAUUAUUACCCUCUAAAUAUCUAAUCCAAUUUAGUAAAAAUCUUUGCUGUGGAGAUAAAGAGACACGUAGCUGCCACAACUUGGCAACCAAAUAGAGUAGGUGACUGACUAGUCAGGCGAAAUUGCUGAGAGAGUUAGCAUCAAAUGGCGGAACCAAACCAAAUGGAAUCAACGCAACUAGCUUCCAAAAUAUGCAAUCAGAUAAGUUCUGUGUUCUCCACAACCACCACCACAAAACCCCCAGCCUUAGACAUACUUGUCCAAGAAAUCACCGCUUCUUCUAACGGCAACGGCCGUGUAUUCCUCUACGGCGUAGGCCGUGAAGGACUAAUGUUAAAAGCCCUAUGCAUGAGGCUUUUCCAUUUAGGUUUAUCAGCUCACUGUGUCUUCGACAUGACCACUCCCCCAAUUGGACCCACCGAUCUCUUAAUCGCUUCUGCUGGUCCAGGUGGGUUCUCAACCGUUGAUGCUAUAUCUAAAGUGGCCAAAUCCAACGGUGCACGUGUGGUGCUUCUGACAGCUCAGCCUGAUAAGGGAUCUUCGGUGGAGUAUGCGAGUGUUGUUGCGUAUAUACCGGCGAAGACAAUGGCGGAUGAUGAUGACAAUGGAGACAAGGAGGAGGAAAGGGAGGUGCUUCCUAUGGGGAGUUUAUAUGAAGGAGCAAUGUUUGUGUUGUUUGAAAUGGUGGUGUACAAGUUGGGUCAAGUUUUGAAGCAGAGUCCUGAAGCUGUGAGAGCUCGCCAUACUAAUCUAGAGUAACUGCAACAGAUUCAGGUUUUGAAGUUUAUGAGUUUCUGUAAUAAAUUUAAGUUUAUGUAUUUAUAAAUAUUUGGGAAAUUUCUAAAUGCAUAUUUAUAAGCAAAAGUUAUUGAGUUCUCCUUGAACCCAUAACCAAAAACUGUAGAUCCGUUCCUGGUAUUGAAGUUAAAACAUUUCCGUUGUAUUUGGUUCUUGAGCUAAGCUGCAAGUAUAUAUCUUAUGUACUUGUAAUG